AUGAAGGUGGGUGAGUCUAUGGGCCUGGGUAAGUCUAUGAGGGUGGAUGAGUCUAUGGGCCUGGGUAAGUCUAUGAGGGUGGGUGAGUCUAUGGGCCUGGGUAAGUCUAUGAGGGUGGGUGAGUCUAUGGGCCUGGGUAAGUCUAUGAGGGUGGAUGAGUCUAUGGGCCUGGGUAAGUCUAUGAGGGUGGGUGAGUCUAUGGGCCUGGGUAAGUCUAUGAGGGUGGAUGAGUCUAUGGGCCUGGGUAAGUCUAUGAGGGUGGGUGAGUCUAUGGGCCUGGGGGGAGUCUGUGAUGGGUGA